ACCGCACGAGAGACGGCACCGAUGCAACGCCACUAAUCCAGGUUGCCAAGGGCCAGGUUCAACUCCUCGAUCACUCACUUCAUUGCAUCAAGCCGAGAAUUGUCAUCAGCCUGGAGCACUGGCAACCUGGCGGCUUUCCCGCCGCCGGGUACCGACAGCUUUAGAUGGUUAAUGCUCAUGGCAGUGCAAAAUGCCAGCAAAAUCGUCAAAGACCUUCCGCCAAGCGGAGAAGAGGGCGUUUGACGGAGCCAAUGAGUCGCAAGACACCCUUGUCAUCGCGCAUUAUCUCAUGAUGGAUUUUGGUGUUGGCCUGCGAAGCAGCUCACCACCCGCAGGAGAAGCAAUGCCCCUCCCUUCACCUCGGCAAAGCCUGCCAUCCAGCAAGAGAGGCAACAUGGCCGACGCAGCCUGCCCUGGAGAGCUCCCAGACGAAAAGACGCGGGGCACGCGUCUCGCCAAUGACAGUAAACAGAGUCAGUGUUUUUCAAUCCCCGAGACUCAGGAAGUCGGCAUCCCAGAAGCCGCGCGGCCAGUCGAUGAUCGGCCAGACCGAGAUGCUGUUGACGGGAACAGUGGUGUGGUCGACCUGAACCUCCCCGACACCCUCCCCGCGUCUGCCGAGCUCGACAGCACGUCGGGGAGGAGGAAGAUGGAUUCGACCCAGGCAUCAACUCAGUCCAACGUGGGACGUAGCUAUGACCAGUAUCGCCGCCCAAUAUCUGCAGGCCGCACAUCGCCCAACGGUCCGUCACAUAACUCAGGCAAACUGGCCAGAAGCAGCUCUCCUGGUCGCGGCGCGCUGGACGACGACGACACUGGUGUCCGGUUCGUCUUUGUCAACGUGGCAGCCACCAAUACUGUCUCGCCAGGCCAAGACGAUUCCGGGUUUGUCAACUUUGGUAGCCUCGCGCAUUCCAAACAUGUAGCGUCCCAAAAGACAGCUGGGUCUCCGACUGAGUGUUUGCCCGAAACCCCGGCUCCGCCCCAGAACCCUUUUCGACACAGCCGGUCUCAACUACUUCCGACGUCGCAACUGUUCCGUGGCACACAAUUCUCAUCACCGACCAAGCUCGCCAGUCCCACCUCUUCGCGCCCGUCAUUGGCUGACUUUCCUGUCAAUUCAAUAUCCCCAAACCCAGUCAUCUCGUCGCCCCUGAAGUCUCGCGGUAUCCGCUCCUCAUCCCCUGUUGGUGUUACGUCAAGUCCAGCGGUCCUUCCAGGCACGACCUCUUCAGGGCCUGAUGGGGUGCCCAGCAGCCCUGUUAAUACCGCGUCGACGGGGCACCCUGUCGUUCCAGAGUCAUCUCAUGAUGGGAGUCGCAGGAAGAGAUCGGGGCCUGAGCCCUUGGCUACAUAUGAACCGAUGCGCAAGUCGCAAGAACGGCGCUCAACCUCCGAAGUGCGACCUGACCAUGUUAGCUCUGGGGAGGACGAUGAAGAUCAGGACUCGAUCGCCAGGUGGCGCCGAGCGAGAUCCAAGAAGGAAGCCGCCUUGAAACAGCUGACGGCCAUCAGUCUCCCUCGUACUGUGACGGCGGGCGAUGUUGAAGUACCCUCAACGAGCCAGCGUAGGCGCCCAAGCCAAGCAGAGGCUUAUAUCGCACAAUGCCGAGGAAGGAACCUGGCAGAUACUGACUCAGAAUGCCCCGUCGCUGUGGAAACAACCCAGAAGCCUCGCUUGCAACCUUGGAAACGGCCAAUUGAGGAAGAGGAGUCGACUCAAUCCGACGUAGAAGAGAAGCCUGUGCCGACCGUGGACCCAAACCCGGCACCGGUGCCUGUGCUUCCAAGGUCUUCUACACCGUCAAUAUCGCAGCUGGCCCGAAAAUCUGGCAUGGAUGGCACGUAUGGAGACGAAAUCCCGGAGACAAGUCCAACUAGCAGACUGCCCGAACUCCUGCCGGAGGUAGCGCCAUCUGUCGAACCCGCCCCGUCAGAGGCCAAGCCAACACGAAACUUUCAGUCUUCCCCUCCAGCGUUCAGCACGAGGUCUCGGAAAGCCAAGGGUGCAAGAAGCUAUCCACGGGCGCUGAGUUCUAGUUCAAGCCUCAGUAACUUGGCAUCGACGCCUCACCUACCAUCCAGCAAGCCUCCCACAAAGGUAACCACUGAACCAGCGAGCUCCCCAACUGAGUCGACCAUAGUGGCCAGCUCCUCGCCAGCGGUUGCCGAGACGAAGCGACGUGAUACACGGGGAAGGCUGCCAAAGCCUAAAACAGGCUCGACCGAGAGUCUCAGACAGUCAGCCAGGGUUGCUAGGCGGGGUUCCAACUCAACUGACGAGCUCGCCCGAUCCGCCUCUGGGACGCCUACUUUUGAGCAGAGCCUGCGCGUUUCCCGUCUUUCCGUGUCUCGGUCAGUAUCCAGAUCAGGCCGUGUCGCCAUGAAACCGCCGCCGACGCAGCGGGAUCCGAGAUUGUUUGAGAACAUGGCGUUUGCAAUAUCCUUCCUGUCGAAAAAGCCUGGCGAGAGCAACGAUCAGUUUAGCGCUCGGAUGGAGCUUUGCAACACGAUCACUCGGAGGAUCAGACAGGCUGGCGGCAGGAUUCUCGAAAACGGUUUCGACGAGCUCUUCCAAGCAUUGCCUAUGGGUACUCCAUCCAGCAGCCCAGCCGCAAGCUCCGGGGCAGAGAUCGAGAUCAGCCUAACUCCGGAAGGGCGGGCCAUGGGAUUCACCGCGCUGAUUGCAGACGGACACUCACGCAAGGUAAAGUACAUGCAGGCUCUUGCGCUGGGCUUGCCGUGCGUCGCAGCCCGCUGGGUCACGACCUGCCUUGACAGAAACGAACUCGUCGACUGGACGCCGUACCUGCUCUGCGCCGGCCAAUCUGCCUUCCUCGGCGAAGCCAUUCGGUCCAGGAGCCUGUCGCCGUACGAUGCCUCGACCGCGAAGCUAGCCGACAUCGUCAGCCGGCGCGCAAAAUUGCUGGAGGGAAGCAGGAUCCUCGCCGUGGUGAAGAAGACGGCGGAGGGCAGGAAGAUACCUUACGUGUUCCUCGCGCGCGUACUGGGUGCGUCCUUGACGCGGGUGUAUACCGUGGACGAGGCAAGGGCUGAGAUGAAGGCUGCCGAGGACGCAGGGCAGCCGUUUGACUGGGUGUAUGUGGAUGGGAAGCCGGAUGAGGAAGCGCUAUUUGCUGCGGGGCCUACCGGGACAGCGGGGAGGAAAAGAAAGAGAGCGGCGACGGGGAGCUUCGCCGUGCAGCUUCCCGUGAAGCGGGUGCGAACGCUCAGUGAUGAGCUUGUGAUUCAAAGUUUGAUUCUGGGGCGGAUUAUUGAGGACGGGGAGAUGCAGGUAUGAUGGGGCGUUUGGGCUUGUACAGGACCGUGGUUUGAGCGUUGGGACAUAGAGGGAUCUUGGAAAGUGCGUUUCCGGAACAAGCAUCGAGGAACGUGGUCACAAUUUAGGGAAUGGAUGAGCAUAUGGUAUGAUGGGAGCAGUGGGAUGGGGAAAGAGGCUGUGAUUGUAAUACUAUCGAGCCGGCGCAACUGGGUAGACAUAACUAAGGAACUCAGAUAUUCGAUCUGGCGGAGGGGAAGGGAUGUCAAGACUUUGACGCUGUGAGG